UCUUCAUUAUGCGGUCUUUCGCCCCACUAGUCCUAAGCCUCCUUGGAGCUACAGCAGCAGUUCACGCUGCUGAGCCCGAAGUUGCCGACGCUGACGCCAAUGUCGUCACUUUGACAACUGAUACCUUUGAUGAAUUCGUCAAGGAGCACCCUUUGGUGCUUGCUGAGUUCUAUGCGCCUUGGUGCGGUCACUGCAAGGCCCUUGCCCCCAAGUAUGAAGAGGCUGCCACAGAGCUGAAGGCCAAGGAUAUACCUGUGGUCAAGGUGGAUUGCACCGAGGAGGAGGAGCUGUGCCGAACCUACGAAGUUGAUGGCUACCCUACUCUGAAGGUCUUCCGUGGCCCCGAUUCACACAAGCCCUACGCUGGUGCCCGCAAGUCCGACGCAAUUGUUUCAUACAUGACCAAGCAGUCCAUGCCCGCCGUCUCGAACGUGAAUGAGGAGAACCUGGAGGAAUUCAAGGCCUUGGACAAGAUUGUGAUUAUCGGAUAUGUGGCUUCUGAUGACAAGGCCGCAAACGAGAGCUUCACUUCGUUCGCUGAAUCCCAGCGUGACAACUUCCUCUUCGCUGCAUCCAACGACGCUGCUCUCGCUAAGGCCGAGGGCGCCAAGCAGCCCUCGAUUGUUCUCUACAAGGACUUCGAUGAGAAGAAGGCCGUGUACGACGGAAAGCUGGAGGAUGAGGCCAUCCUCGAAUGGGUUAAGACCGCUAGCACUCCUCUUGUUGGUGAGCUUGGUCCCGAGACUUACUCAAAGUACAUGGCGGCCGGUAUCCCCCUGGCUUACAUCUUCGCCGAGACUCCCGAGGAGCGCGAGCAAUUCGCUGCUGAUUUCCGUCCCAUCGCUGAGAGCCACCGUGGAGCUAUUAACAUUGUUACCCUUGAUGCGAAGCUCUUCGGCGCUCACGCUGGCAACCUCAAUCUUGAGCCUGAGAAGUUCCCUGCUUUCGCUAUCCAGGACACUACCAAGAACGCCAAGUACCCUUACGACCAGAACAAGAAGGUUGAUGCUAAGGAUGUCGGCAAGUUCAUCAAGGACGUUCUUGACGGCAAGGUUGACCCUAGCCUCAAGUCCGAGCCCAUUCCCGAGACUCAGGAGGGAUCUGUUACUGUUGUUGUUGGCCGCAACUACCAGGAGGUUGUCAUUGACAAUGAGAAGGAUGUCCUGGUCGAAUUUUACGCUCCCUGGUGCGGACACUGCAAGUCUCUUGCUCCCAAGUACGACGAGCUUGCUGCCCUGUACGCCGAUGUCCCUGAGUUGAAUGAGAAGGUCACCGUGGCCAAGGUUGACGCCACUGCCAACGAUGUGCCCGAUUCCAUCACUGGCUUCCCCACUAUCAAGCUCUACCCCGCUGGUGCCAAGGACUCCCCUAUUGAGUACGCCGGUUCCCGCACUGUUGAGGACCUCGUUACCUUCAUCAAGGAGAACGGCAAGUACCAGGUGGACGGCCUGGCCGAUGGCGCCAAGACGCCCGAGGAGCGUGCCGAGGUCACUGCGGCCCCAAAGGCCACCGAGUCUCCUGCAUCCGAAGAGAAGGAUAUUCACGAUGAGCUUUAAGCGCUCACUCGGUUUUUGAAUGUGUAACUUCA